AUGCAGGUCCCCACAGAUGCAUCUGCAUCUCCUGCCAACUCGCUCCUCCUCGCCGCCUCCCCUUCCGCCCCUCUCUCCUCUGUGUGGCGGGCUCCCUCCGAUCUCACUGCGGUGGAAAUCGCCAUCGUGCUCUCCUCGCCCGCCCUUGUCUCCCGCGUCGUGCUUCACUCAGGCCUUCCUCAGUACACGCCCCAUCACACCCCCAAGGUUCGCAUUUCCCUCAGCACCACAAUCGACCAAUCAGAGUGCACCACAAUAGGCCUCUGGGACCUCCCGUCCUCAGCCGCUGCCGCCCAUUCUGACACCAAAUCAAAUCUCGAAUCCGAGCUGAUCUUAUCCUACACCCUGCCCGCCGCCGCCGCCCCCUGCCGGAUCGUCUGGCUGAAAUUUCUCCUGCCCGAAAUCCGCCAGCCUGGCUCUGCCGCUUCCUCCUCUUGCAUCUGGGCUCGCAGAAUCCGCGUUUACGGGCAGAAAACAUUUGGUGACCCGACAGGAAUUGAUCCCGUGACCUCCAGUGGGGCUGCAGCUGUGCCCAUGGGAGCAGUCGUUGGUGGUGCCCCUGGUGCUGCGGUUGGGACUAUGGGUGCUGCUGGUGCUGCUGCUGCUGGUGCUGGUGGUGCUGCUGCUGGUGGCACGAGUAGGUGGGAGUAUCAGCAGUUGCUUGAGGCCCCGGCACCAAUGAGCCGAUCACGGACCCCAGUGGAAGGGGAGAGAGUGUGGGCAGGAGGAAGGAUUCUGGAACUUCUUCUGCCUGUUUCCUCUCCUCCAAUCUCGGGCAUCCGACUAGACGCGCUCCCAUUGGACCGUUCCGCUGGAAUGUUUCUUUCGCUGCCCGGGGCAGCAGACGGCGGGCCGCUGGCUCGGGCGGCGCGGGGCGGGCUCAUGGAUGAGUGGGCGGCGUUUGUUGUCCCGUUCCGACUAAGAGUAUCAGCUCGGCAGGACUCCUUUGGCCCUGCAACGUAUAUUGAACUCCCGAUUUUCCGUUUUCCUCCCUGUGCCGCCUCUGUAUUCUCGUUCCGUCCCGUCACUCCUCCUUCCGCAGUUUCCGCCGCUUUCAGCGGAGCACCCCGCGAACUCGAAAUGUCUCGCGGCGAUGACUUGCGCCGCCUGGCAACUGCGGUCUUGCGCCGUGGGCUUCCGCGCACAGGCUUCACCGCGCAAGGCGCGCAAAACGCGCAAAGCUCGCUCCGCCUUCCCCGCAACGGGCUUCCGCCGCCUGGCCUCUGCUCCGCGCCGAUCUUCCCCCCUCUAGCCGAACCGCCCGUAACCUCCGCCCGAAUUCCCGCACCACUGUACCCGCCGCCGCGCAUUUUUCCUGCCACGUCGCGUUUUCUUUCAUGCCGAUACGCAUCCACCUCCGUCCACUCGACCUUCUCCGCUUCUCCCGCCGCACCUCCCGCCGCAUUAGCCGCCGGAUCCGCCGCCGCGACGAAACCCAUCGAAGUUUCCGGCGCCGAUUCGCUAUUGCUUAGCUUGGGGCUGAAACCGCUUCCGCUUUUCCCGGGCAGCCCGUCGUUACAAAAAGAAUCUUCUGGCUCGCAAAAUCAGAGCGAGGACUCUCAGGAAGCCGACGCGAAGGUUCUGAAGCAAGGGCAAGUCAAGAGGCGGCGCGGGCAGAAUCUGGCGGAUAUUCUGUGGCGGCACCCCGCGUGGGGCCAAGGCGCUAGAGUGGCGAAGCGGCACUGGCAGGAAGGCACCUUCUACGAAGUUUCGCGAGUUCAAAUAGCCAAGACGGGACGCACAGCAACAGUGUGGGGAAUAUUUCACCAAGAGGCUCUUCCUGCUGCGGUCUCUCCUCUCUCCCUUUCCCUAUCUCCUCUCUCCCUCCCUAUCUCCUCUCUCCCUUUCGCUAUCUCCUCUCUCCCUUUCCCUAUCUCCUCUCUCCCUUUCCCUAUCUCCUCUCUCCCUUUCCCUAUCUCCUCUCUCCCUUUCCCUAUCUCCUCUCUCCCUUUCCCUAUCUCCUCUCUCCCUUUCGCUAUCUCCUCUCUCCCUUUCCCUAUCUCCUCUCUCCCUUUCCCUAUCUCCUCUCUCCCUUUCCCUAUCUCCUCUCUCCCUUUCCCUAUCUCCUCUCUCCCUUUCCCUGUCUCCUCUCUCCCUUUCCCUGUCUCCUCUCUUCCCUUCCCUAUCUCCUCUCUCCCUUUCCCUAUCUCCUCUCUCCCUUUCCCUAUCUCCUCUCUCCCUUUCCCUAUCUCCUCUCUCCCUUUCCCUAUCUCCUCUCUCCCUUUCCCUGUCUCCUCUCUCCCUUUCCCUAUCUCCUCUCUCCCUUUCCCUAUCUCCUCUCUCCCUUUCCCUAUCUCCUCUCUCCCUUUCCCUAUCUCCUCUCUCCCUUUCCCUAUCUCCUCUCUCCCUUUCCCUAUCUCCUCUCUCCCUUUCCCUAUCUCCUCUCUCCCUUUCCCUGUCUCCUCUCUCCCUUUCCCUAUCUCCUCCUCCCUCUCUCCGUCUCCCUCUCUCCUGAUCCUCACCUCCAGGGGUAUGGGAGUGGUCCUCGCCAUAGUCUCGUGCUGCUACAUGGCCGACAAUUACCUCGUCAUCUCACAUCCCACCCUCUGCACCGGCGUGUCAAACGCCACCCUCUGCUCCCAGGAGUUCCGCGCCGCACGCCGGCAACUCAGCGUCCUCCCGCAGGCCGCGGACGCAGUCACGGCCGCCAUGGUCUCCGCGGUGGCGGCGCAGGUCUCCGCGAUCAUCGAUGCCGCCGCGGAGAUCAAGCGCGCCAAUGUCCGCGGGAACCACUUCGUUAAUGUCGUGGCGGACGACUGCAGCACGCAGGGCGGCAUCGCGCUGCGCUACCUGGGCCGCACGCUGGACGCGAUCGACUCGGACAGCGCGCAGCACGAUCGCGCGUUCUGGCUGUCCGCCGCCAGCACGCAAGUCGAGAAUUGCGUCGACGGCUUCAAGACGCUCGCGCCCUCCGCGACAUUCCAGCCCGCAUUCGUGCAUCUCGAGGAACACGCCUUGUCUCAUUGGUAUCUGUUGCCUCCUAUCCCGUCGCAGACCGUCGCGAACAAGGCGAGCGAUACGCUGGAAGCCGUCGUCGCCAUCGCCAAGAAGGCUGCGGCCGGCCCACCCGAGUUGGGUCGCAAGCUCGCGUCGUCCGAGCCCGCUGAUGUCGCACGAGGCGCCAAGUGGCUGGAUGACGACUUUGUCGCACAGCUGCGACAGCUUCAGGCGGAGUUGAACGCCCUGGGCGACGCUGUUCACGACCAAGUCGCACGGCGGGAGCUGCGACACCGCGACGAUGACGACGAUGAUGACGACGAUGACGACAAGGAUAAGAAGGACAAGAAGGAUAAGAAGAGCAAGAAUAAGAACAAGGGCAGCAGCGGCGGCAGCAGCAGCAGCAAGAGCAAGAAGGACAAGAACAAGAGCAAGGGGAAGAGCAAGAAGGGCAGCAGCGCGAAACCCGCCUCUGGUCCUAUUCGCGCGAGCAAGGGACUGAAGGCCAACGCCGUCGUGAAAGGGAAGAUCCAGUCCGCGAUUGACGCCGCGCCCGGCGGCAGCCAAUACGUAAUCUACAUCCCCGCCGGCACGUACCGUGAGCAAGUCGUUAUAGACACCCCCGAUAUUAUCCUUAUUGGGGCCGGCGCCGGCGCUACAGUGAUCACGUACGACGAAAGCUACGGCAGCGGGUCGAGCACGUUCGACUCGGCGACGGUCGGCGUGAACAGCGACCGUUUUGUCGCAUUCGGAAUCAAAUUCGUGAACACGGCCGGCCCGGAGAACCACCAGGCUGUAGCGUUCCGCGCUACGGGCGACCAGUCGGCGGCGAUCGACUGCGCGUUCGAAGGCUCGCAAGAUACGCUGUACGUGGACGCGGGGCGGCAGUUCUACUCCAACUGCUACAUCGGCGGCACGCAGGACUUCAUAUUCGGCGACGCGGCCGCCGUCAUUGAGAAGGCGAAAAUCCAGCUGCAUCCCAGCAAGUCGUUCAUCACGCUCACCGCGUCGGGCCGCGCCAAAGACACGCCGACAGGGAUCGUGAUUCGCGACUCGGUGGUGAGCGCGGACAAGGGCGCGGCGAAGGCGUACCUGGGGCGGCCGUGGAAGAAGUGCGCGUUCACGGUGUUGGUGAACGUCGUGCUGCCGGCCGUCAUCCAGCCGGACGGCUGGCUGUCGUGGAACGAGGGCAGCUGCAUGUUCCUCGCGGAGGCUGGCAGCAAGGGCCCGGGCGCAAAGGGGUCGCGCGCCGACUGGGUGGACCCUGGGAUCAUCUCCAACGGCGCCUCCUACACUGCUGCCGCCUUCGCUGAAGUCAACUCGUGGCUUGUGCUCUCUUGA